CUUGAAUGUGUUAGUGUGGGAUUGUGGGGGUGUCGGAGAGGAAAUUUUCGGUACAUACGUGUAAGAGUUUGAGAUGACAGAAAACUUCGUUCACCAUAAUAGUCACUGAUUGUGUCACCAUCUGUCAUAUGAUGAACUUCGAUGAACCACCGCUGUUCAGUUCCUAAUAAAGUUCGACCACAAUUUAACACUUACACCCUGUUAUCAGGGUAAAACUUUUCAUUCAACGAUGUGUAAAGUAAAUCGUUAGUUGAGUAUACAGUACGAGACAAUCGUUUCUAUCAAUUCCCUGUCAGGUGUGUGAUUAGAGCUUACCGUUAGCGAGAAAGUGCAAACAGCUGUUAUGUAUUCAUAGUUUGUUUUGAUGACAGCCUUGAGAGUAUUUAGCGAUAAGAGAGCUAAUUUCGACCAGUAGCGUAACCCAACGCAUAUAUUCCGUGUAUCUGUGUAGGAAUAUUCGCACUGUUACAGAAGACCUCUAUCUAGCCUAAGGAGAUUACGCGUGCCUUUCGGCUACUUCAGUGUGGCGUAGCUGUCUUGUUACGCCACAACAAAAAGUCUUAUGCAGUCUGUGUGCAUCGUGGGAGCUGGGGCUGCUGGUCUGUGUGCAGCAAGACUUUUGAGUGCCGCUCAUGGCUUCAACAUAGUGGUUUUUGAGCAGUCUACAACAGUUGGUGGCACUUGGCGAUACACCGAUGACCCAGCUGUGGAUCCACAUUCCAGUAUGUACUGCAACCUAAGAACUAAUUUGCCAAAGGAAAUAAUGGGAUUUCCAGACUACCCAUUCCCUGAAUCAGGUGAAUCUUUCGUGCAUCACACUAAGGUUUUAAAAUAUUUGGAACAUUAUGCCAUCCACUAUGAGCUUCUCAAAUAUAUAAAAUUCAAGACCAGAGUAAAACAUGUGACACCGAAACAUCCUCAGGAUAACAGGACAGCUUGGAUAGUAACAGUGGAGGACUUAAGAACAUGUACCGAAGAAACGUCCAUAUUUGAUGCAGUAUUUAUAUGCAAUGGGCACUAUUCUGAGCCAUACAUCCCUUAUAUUCCUGGACUAGAAAAAUUCAGUGGUGAAGUCUUCCACAGCCAUGUGUAUCGUAAACCAGAUGGUAUAAGUGGACCUGUUUUAGUGUUAGGAGCAUCAUCAUCUGGAAUUGAUAUCAGUCUUGAAUUAGCUGCUGCCAUGGAACAGAAAAUAUAUCUUAGUUCAAGAAAAGAAGAAAGAUACACUUGUGAAUUGCCACCAAAUGUUAUCCAAGUUCCUGGAGUGUCAUAUGCAACUGAAGAUGGUUUUGUUAUGGCAGAUGCUUUUGUUUGUAAAGUGAAAACACUUAUUCUGUGUACAGGUUACUGUUACUCUUACCCCUUUCUGUCUGAAGACUGUAAAAUGGAUCAACCGGAUCACUGCAGAGUUAAUCCUUUGUACAAACACUUGAUUCAUAUGGAUUUCCACACACUCUACUUUCUUGGAAUCCCGCUUAUAAUUGUGCCUUUCCCAAUUUUUUAUUAUCAGGUGAAAUUUUGUAUGAAAGUGCUUGAUGGCACAUUAAGAUUGCCAACUCGUGCUGAAAUGGAACGUGAAACUUCUGAAGAUUUACAACUACGGUUAUCAUUGGGAAUGCCAGAACGUUAUCAGCACAAAAUGGGUGACCUGCAAUGGAAUUAUGUUGAUAAUUUAUCUCAGUUGGCAAAUGUUGCUCCUUUGCCUCAGUAUUAUAAACAAAUUUAUGAGAAGGUCAGUGAGCAUAGAAAAACAAACAUUUUAGGUUACAGGGAAGCCAAUUACUCAACAGAAACUUGUGAUAGAAUAUGAUAGUAACCUUGAAAAUGAUUUACUUAACAAAAGUUAACACUUUAUGUUAAAUAUACUGUUUAAAUACCAACUUCCUUUUAUGAAUGAAAUUAUGUAUAUAUUUUGCUUCAUUAAAAUUUCACAAUUUUAUGUUUUGAUCA